AUGCACCAAAACAGUGACAAGAAGCAGCAUAACUCAGUUGGUAUCCUGGAUCGAUAUGAUAGACAGUUGAUGAUUUGGGGUGAGUCCGGUCAAGAGAUUUUGUCCAAUUCCCACGUAUGUGUGUUGCACUAUAAAUUGGAUCUUAUGGUUGUUGAGUGCUUAAAGAGUAUGGUCCUCAUGGGCAUUGGAAAAAUAACUCUUAUCGGAGAAUUUGGACUUGAAAAAUUAGCAUUAUUUGAUAUUGAGGGACUUCAGUCUAUGAAUCCUCAUGUCCAACUGGAUAUCCAAGAUCAUACUGGUGAUGACUGCAACUACGAGGAUAUUCCUAAUUUCAGAACGCCCCAUUUUUGGGCCCCUUUUGACGCUGUUAUUGGUAUAAGUGCGGGCGGUCCUUUAUUGCAAUGUAUAAAUGAAUUGUGGUUAAAAUGGGAACACUGUUUGCCAACUCUCAUCUUGUCAUAUGCUUUUGAUGCAUAUGGAUACGUCCGGUUGAUUGGUAAUGAACCGAGCUGUGUGAUUAAUUCACAUGCGCAUUCUAAUCCAGAUCUUAGGUUGACUUGUAUGUGGCCGGAGUUAGAAAAAUACCAUGAAUCGUUUCAAUUUGAUAAGCUUUCGCAACAUGAGUUAUCUGCAGUACCUUAUUCAGUAUUGCUCUCGACGGUUUCUAAAGAAUUGAGGAAAUCUAAAAUUGCUCUCAAUAGAAAUUCCGUAAAAGCAGCAUUAAUUCGUCUUCAUGAUAAGUAUAUGUCAGGUUCUUUUAACGACGAUGUGAAUUUUAUAGAAGCAGAUAGAUAUUCGUUUCUGCUGUUUAACGAAUCGAAUCCGUUUCCUGAUAACUUAACAAAAAUACUUCAAACUAUACAUUCAGAACCCAAAUCAAUAAUUAAUAAGUGGGUAUACCAUUUCGUACAAUCUGUUGAGAAGUUCUAUACCCUAAAUGGGUGUCUACCUGUUAGAAGUGCUAUUCCUGAUAUGGAAUGUUCUACCUUGAUGUUUAAUGAGCAAAAAGCUAUAUAUGCUCGUAAAUCAGCACAGGAUGUUGCUGAGCUAAUGGAAAUUCUCUCCCCCCAUUCCAUACCAGAAUAUUUCGUACGAUACUUACUACAAAACUUGAGAACAUUAGAUGUUGUAAAGUUAAGCUCCAUAACAAGAGAAGAUGUUAAGGAGCAAUCCGCAAGGAUGACUGACUUAUUGAUACACCAGAAGGAUCACCUAUACACCGCAGAUCCUAACCCUGCCAUAUCUGCAAUCUUAGGUUCGUUGACAGCGCAAGAAUGUGUUAAACUGCUGACGCAUCAAUUUGUCCCAUUGCAGAAUACAUUGAUCUACGACGGGCUUUCAAAUACCACAGAAAUUAUAUCUAUAUAA